CCUGUUGAGCUGACCAUGUUCUUUCUUUCUCAGGUCUGCUGAUAGCCUACUGUCACAGGUUUGACAUCCUAAUGCAGUCCUCACGGUUCUAUUUCCUGGCCUGCACUAUCGGGUAUGGUAUCGGGCUGCUCAUCACCUUCGUAGCUCUGGCCCUGAUGCAGAUGGGUCAGCCGGCCCUGUUAUACCUGGUGCCUUGCACCCUCCUCUCCAGCCUGGCGGUGGCGCUGUGGCGCAAAGAGCUGCCAUUAUUCUGGACAGGAAGUGGAUUUGUGCCUCCCAUAGCUCUGCAACCAAUCAACUGUAUGCAAACCCCAGGACCACCCACAGAUGACCCCCUCACCAAUCCUGAGCCACAAGGUCCUGAUGCAACCAAUCAGAGUGAGGACACUCCCCUUCCAGAGAAAGAAGCCAGCAAAUCAGAGUAAAGGACUUCUAGGAUGCCAAUUUCUUAUUCAUUUCAUUUUAUUUUUGACACAUAGGAUCUCAUUGGAACACUAUAAGUUCUUAAACAAAUGACACAUAGGAUCUCAAUGGAACACUAUAAGUUCUUAAACAAAUGAUAAACAUUUCAGUGCACUUGGUGUGAAAAAGGGUAGGAAAAGGACUGACGGGAGAGAGGGAGGGCACUCAACCUCCAGUGGCAGUUCUUCAACGUGCGAAACACCUCGGGGUCAGCAGGGAUCAGCACUGGCUGAGAGUCCUGGAUGAUGCGCUGUCGACCCAGGUCAAAGAGCACAACAUACACAGCCCCGACUGCGACCUACGCUGACUUAACGCCCCUCUCAUGAGUUUUAUCAUCCUGUCAGAAAAAAUAGACGUUUUGUCUCCAAACUCUCCUGUCCUCCAGUUCACCAUUUAUCCCACCAGUCCUAUGCAAAAUAGUAGUCAACAAUCUCCACAACUAGAAGGUCAAUGUGUUGCAGUCCGACCAUCAGAAGCUCUGUCGGUUAGCUUGUUCCCAAUUUUUCCAAUCUCCUUUAUUAAGUACUUUGAAGAAGAAGAACCACACUACGGCUUGUCUCUCUGUUUAUGAAAGAGGAAGUGUCUACCGUACUACAUACCCGAUAUCAUGUGGUGCUAUCAUGGAUUCUCAACGACCGAAACGGUAUAGAAUGAUUAUCGAUUUAGGGGUCAAGGGGCGGUUUCCUAGUGAACUAAAAAAGCAAGCUUAAUGGAGAAUCUCCUUGUAAAUUGUUAUAAAUCCUGGAUAAGGCUUAAUCCGUGCCCGGGAAACCUUCUCCAAUAGUUUUUUGAUUUGGUUUAAAUCUGAACUUUUGACCUUUUAUUGUUUUUGCAUGCUAUGGGUUUGGUUUAGACCAGGCUGUCAACAAUAGUGUGUGGUUUAUAUAGUAGCUUACACACUGUCUUUAUAUAAUACUAAGGGUGCAACAGUUAAUGUUGUCCACACCGUUUCUCUAGUAGAUUUUGUGGUCCCAUUUUCCAUUAGGUGUAAAAACCCAUGUAUUUAUGUGGUAGAUACAUACAGUAGUAUAUAGGUGUAAUUACAUUGUAGGCAGCUAGGUUCAAAUAGUACUUAAACGUGUUUAACAGUUUUUAAAGUUGUAACUAAUUACACUAACUACUUACUGGUAUGUAGCUACCAUGUGAACACAUGGGUUAUAAGGAGACCUAAUGUAGAGCGACCAAUUUUGGUUAUAUAAUUCAUAUUGUCUUAAUGGGUUUUGGCCUUACUGGUGUCCAUGGUUACAAUUGGAAUGUCUCUGUGCAUAGUGCUUUAUGAAGACAGAGUUCUGUAUUCAUGUGUUAGCUUAUUAUGUUUCUUAAACUGAUAAGUGAUACUUUAUGUUGUGUGGGGGGGAGGGGGGAGGUUGUCUCAUGAUAAUAAAC